UUUCAGUCGCUGCUGCAGCCCACACACGCACUUUAGCUUGUAGCUAAGUUAGCUGGUUAGCACCAGGGCAAAGCAAUCUGCAGUACAAAAAGCUAAAUUCGCAGUAUCACUAAAAAUGAGCGAUAACGGUAAAGGUUAUGGCGAGCGGGUACGUAUGAACCUUUUGAGGGGUUUGGUGGAACCGUUUUUAUGGAGCUAACGUAUACAUUAUUAGUCUGUAUUAAAGUGAAACGUUACGAGUCUUUAAAUUGUGUUGGCUAAUACUGGUUAGCUAACGUUAGCUAGCUGGCGCAAUUCCCCAGUUGAAAUCAGUUACUGGAUUUUCAGUUAUUUAAUAAAACAUAAACAUGCUCAUUUAAAUUUGAAUGUGCUAAUAUUGGAUGACUAAAAUGAGCCAUAUGGCUUAAUUUAGUUGCUCUACGUUAUUAGCGCCUGCCAAGAGCCGUUAGCUAGCUGGCUAUUGCUAGCUUGUCAACGCUAGCUAGGCCACAGGCCCUGUCUGUAAGUACGGGAAUUGCAAUACAGAUGCAGCUAACGUUAUGUGAAUCCCAACUUUAGCCAGCCAGCCAGUCAACCCAGUUAGUUUAACCAGACCCAAGCCUAUAGAUAACGUUAAUGUAAAUGAGCGUUUGGGUGUUUAUGGUUAACACAACAGCUACAUUGUCAAAUAGCGUUAUAAAAGCAGUUAGACGAGUUAAACAUCUUGUGUCAACAGUUAAUAAAACACAGCGAAAGGAAUAUAAUUUCUGUGUCAAUAUUAUGUUAACGUUAGUUCUCCAUAACACAAUCAGUAAAGUUAAUUGUUAUAUGAUAGUUACUGUAUUUUGAGACAGUAAUAGAUAACAUUUCGUUUGAGUAAUAUGAAUGAAUGUUAACAUUGCUAACAUUAAUCAUAUAAAGUUAAGUUAAUGUCAUUACGGUUUCUCAAAUUUCUGGGCGUGGCAAUUUUGUCAAGUGGCAUAUAAUGUGUUAAACAUUUAAAACCAUUUCAAACAAAAACGAACGACCUCAUGAUUUCUUCUUAUUCAUUUGCAUUGACUCGCAUAUUCAGCCCUCCACCUUAUGCCAAUUCAAAACUAACAUAUCCUUAUAUCUGCAAGCAGCAGGUUGCCAGAAAACAUGUUAUAUUCAUACCCUCUGUCAGUCAACCAGAGGGUAUGACCAGUGUGUCUGUACUUCUCACUAAACAGAGAACUAGAGUAGUAGCUAAACCCCAUAGGAGGCUUGCACAGCACUAGUAUAAUGUUCAGAUUUAAUAACAUUUCUCUGUUUGUCUGUUAUGUCUUUUAAUUUAGGCUUUUUUAAACUGCAAGUAGGCUAAAUGAACAAAACAUGGUCUACAUGAGUAGACCUAUAUAAAGUAUGUUUGUGUAUGCCACUUAAUUUAAAAUGUUUUUCUCUGUGCCAUGUCUGUUUUAUCAACGCUAGUGAUGCAGGUCAAUACAAAUGAGUGGAAGCAACAUCUUGAGGUUGUUUGGGCUUUGUUAAACUAAGAUUUAUUUUUUUUAAAUUAUGUGAUGUAAUCUUGAGUAGGUACUAUUCACAUUCAGUGGUUUGAUAUACACUUUCAUGCCUUAGAGGCCACUUGACAGAAUUAUGUCAACAGUAUCCAUUUCAGAAGGAACACAGUGUAUUUAUUGCAAAAGAAAUGGAAAGGAUAAAAUGAAUGGCAGCUCAUAUUAUUCUUUACCGUCUUGUGAAUGUGUACGCGUAUAGGACAAUAUUGUUUGUUCUGUUUUCCCAAUGCAGAUGGACUCCUGUCUGACACCCUAACGUGUCAAAACACAACGAAAAUAAAAAAAUGAUAUGUGUGUGUGUUCAUAUGCUUACCUUUCAGUACUUUUUUAAUGUUCGCAUCUAAGAUGCUUCAUACACUUAAGUCAAAGUGGCUGAUAGGACUGUGAACAGUGAAUUUAGAACCACUGAAAGUGAAAUAUUUAUAGUUAACUAACAAUAAAGAUUUGUAUUAUGUGUUCUUGAACAUUCCCAUGCAUGUCAUAAGAUCGUAAUAACACAUUAAAAGUUGAUUGAGGGUGCAGUUUUAAUUGUAGUCAUAUAUUCUUCAUCCUUUUCUUUUUCAUAAAGGUUAAGAUUGGACGAAGAAAAUGCGGAAGAAGUCUCAUGUCCACUUUAUUUUCAAUAAUAUGAAGCUCAGAUGUGUGAAGCUGAAUUAUUGAAUGCAUGCUAAAACAUGAGGAGGGAAGAAGUGUGGGCAGUGUGUGAGAUGGGGGAAGUAAGAAGAAGUAAGACAAUUGAAGAAAGAAGAAUAAUGUGAAGUAAUGAAGUUACAGAAAUGAAGUUAAGGAAGUAAUCUUGAUAAGGAGUCUCACUCUGCAUCCAGGAGCAUGAGUCCACGGGGCUCAGGGAAGUCGGCAAGCCACUCCCCGGCUCGCUCGCCUGCCCGUUCAAAAGAAGGCUCCUGCCACUCCCACUCUAAAUCUCGGUCUCGGUCCAGGUCGAAAUCUGGGUCCCAUUCUCACCGUGGCUCACGCAGACACUAUAGCCGAUCUCGGUCCCGCUCAAGGUCCUAUCGUCGCCGAUCUCACAGUAGGUCCUACAGUGGAGAGCGCAGGCGAAGGAGCCAUAGCCGCUCACCCAUGUCCAACCGCCGCAGGCACAUCGGCAACCGCGCGAAUCCAGAUCCAAACUGUUGCCUGGGCGUGUUUGGGCUGAGCUUGUACACCACAGAGAGGGAUCUGAGGGAAGUCUUCUCUAAAUACGGCCCCCUGGCGGAUGUCUGUAUUGUGUAUGACCAGCAGUCGAGGCGCUCCAGGGGCUUUUCUUUUGUUUACUUUGAGAACAAAGAGGAUGCCAAAGAGGCAAAGGAGCGAGCCAAUGGCAUGGAGCUGGAUGGUCGUAGGAUCAGGGUGGACUUCUCCAUCACAAAGAGACCUCACACCCCAACCCCUGGAAUCUACAUGGGCCGGCCCACAUAUGGUGGAGGUGGCCCAAGCGGUCCUCGGCGCUCUUCGCGUGACUAUGACCGUGUGUAUGACCGCGGAUACGACAGAGGCGGCUAUGAUCGCUAUGAUGACAGGGACUACUACAGAUCAUACAGAAGGCGAUCUCCGUCACCGUACUACAGAGGGGCUUACAGGUCUCGGUCCAGAUCACGGUCUUAUUCUCCCCGUCGCUAUUGAACGUUGCUCCUCCUCCUCCUUUCCAAGCACAGCCAGGAAGUGUUUCUGAGUGGUUUGAUUGAUUUCGGAAUAAAUUUCAGAAUAGAUCUUCUUUCUUAAAGUGAUCGUCUUCUGUUUGCUAAUGUACAUGACCAUUACAUGUGUACUGAGAUCAGUUGUGAAGCAGUGUCAUGUGACAUGACUUAAGCUGUCCCCUCAUUUUUUUUAUUUAAAUGUAUAGGAAACAUCUGUCCUAAAUAUUAUAUUAAUGUUUUGAUGGGGUUUUUGUAUACAACUUGAGAGAAAAAAGUCUUGAACAGAUUAAAAGGAAGAUGCUUUUUUUCACUUUGA